AUGGAUCACGAACUUCAAAAAGAUCAAAAGGUUGACCAAGAAAUAGCUUUAGUUAAAACUCUACCUGAACUUGCAGACAUUUCCGAAACUAUUAAAAGGGAUAAGGAGGUAAAACGUGAGGUUGGCGUUGUAAUGAAUGAAGAUAUAGCUGAUAAUAAAAAUAUUGCUAAAGAAAUUAAAGAAAUGGAAAAUCAAGAAAGAUCAGUUGAUAAAAAGCUGUCAUUUGAAGAGGCAAUUGAAACCAUUAGGGAAACAAUGAUCGAAGAAGCCGAUUCUAAUCAAGAUGAAGAUGAUCAAGAAGGUGAGAAAUAUUAUUUGGAUGAUGAAUGCGAAAGUCCACCUAAGAGAAUCAAAAUUGAAAUAAAUUGGAAUGAUAUUCACGGUGAAGGAAAAGGUUUACUUUCAAGUGAUCGAGUACAAACUUUACUUCAACCUACUUCUUCUUCAUCAAUCGUUACCGAUGUUGUGGAAUCUAUGACCAUGCCUGGAUUUAAUAAUAAUGUUGUAAAUGCUUUACAUAUUAGUUUCUGGUUAUUAUUUAUAGUCCUUAUUAUCCUGGCCGUUGUAACGGAUCAUCAUUAUAUCGUAUUGAUCAACAUAGGCACCUCGUUUAUGUUAUACAUUGGCAUGAUAUGGUUUAUUGUAUAUAUUCGUGCAUCACAAAUAGAAGAGGCAGCUUUGGCCGCAAAGAAGGAAGAUUGA